AUGUUCGUGGGAAGACGCGCUUGCCCUCGCAUUUCAGGCUUCAGGUCCACUCGCUUGUAUUCGACCUCACUCGCUUCAACCGCCCGUCGUACCCCCGCCCUCCUCGCCCGCUCAUCAUUUAGAAACCCAGCUGUUGCUGCUACUUCACAGUUGCCCAGGGCUUUCUCAACCAGAGCCUCCCUCAUGUCUGCUCCAAUUCCAGCUACCUCUCACGAGGCGGACAAGGUCCUAACUGAUAUCGCCGACUAUGUUCACAACUAUGAUGUCAACUCGGAGUUGGCUUAUGACACAGCAAGAUUGGUCUUCCUUGACACCCUUGGGUGUGGUAUGGAGGCCAUGAACUUCAAAGAGUGCACUAAGCUCCUCGGCCCUGUCGUCGACGGAACCGUCGUCCCCAAUGGUAGCAGAGUUCCCGGAACUGACUACCAGCUGGACCCUAUCCGUGCUGCAUUCAACAUUGGUACUCAAAUCCGUUGGUUGGACUACAAUGACUGCUGGCUUGCUGCAGAAUGGGGCCACCCCUCUGACAAUCUCGGCGGUAUCCUCGCUGUUGCCGACUGGCUCUCUCGAACCUACAAGGCCGAGGGUAAGGCUGCUCUCAAGAUCAAGGAUGUUCUCAAGGCCAUGAUCCAGGCCCACGAAAUCCAGGGAUGCUUGGCUCUCCUUAACAGCUACAACAAGGUUGGAUUGGACCAUGUCGUACUCGUCAAGGUCGCAACCACUGCAGUUGUAUCACGCUUGCUCGGUUUGACAAGGGACCAGACCGUGGACGCCAUCUCCCAAGCUUGGGUUGACGGCCAGAGCUUGAGAACCUACAGACAUACCCCCAACACCAUGAGCAGGAAGAGUUGGGCAGCUGGUGACGCAUGCUCGAGAGCUGUUAACCUUGCUUUGAUUGUCAAGCAGGGAGAGAAGGGUAUUCCAACCGUUCUCUCUGCUCCAGUCUGGGGCUUCUACGAUGUCCUCUUCAAGGGCAAGGAGUUCGAGUUCCAGCGCCCAUACGGAACCUAUGUUAUGGAAAAUGUGUUGUUCAAGGUCUCUUAUCCAGCUGAAUUCCACUCUCAAACCGCUGUCGAGGCCGCGAAGAAGAUCUUUGCUACCCUCAAGUCCAUGGGCAAGUCCGCAGAAGAUAUCGACAACGUUGUGAUCCGAACACACGAAGCCUGUGUCCGCAUCAUCGACAAGCAGCACAAGCCAAUGACAAACUUUGCUGAUCGUGACCACUGCAUCCAGUACAUGGUUUCCGUCAUGUUGUGCUACAAUCGUCUUGAGACCACUGACUACCCAGAUGAAUCCGAAGCCGCUCAGUCCGAACUCGUUGAAUCUCUCAGACGCCGUAUCUCUUGCGUCGAGGAUCCUCAAUACACCGCUGAUUACCAUGACCCUGCCCUCCGAACCAUCCCCAACGCUCUCACCGUCACUCUCAAGGACGGAACCGUCCUCGAGGAAGUUGCCGUUGAUGCUCCACUCGGUCAUCGCACCCGACGUGACGAGGCCAAGCCCGUCAUCCUCGAGAAGUACAAGAGACAUCUGUCUCCUCACUUCUCCGAGCAACAUGUUAAGUCUUUGAUCGAUCUUGGCAACGAUUCCGCCAAGUUGCUCGAGACUGACGUCGACACCUAUGUUGAUAUGUACAUCAAGAAAUAA